AAUCGGUUACCGGAAGUUUCUGUAUCACGCAUGCGCAAACGUUAGCAGCGUGUAUUUGUCCGUUUUGAAAUAUCUUGAAAAGACUGCGGACAUUUGUGCUUAGAAGGACUUGGAGUCAAAUUGUCAUGCCGCAAGUGAACUUCCGCCAGGUCCCUUUGACCUGUAGUGGGCACACAAGGCCCGUUGUCGAUAUGGACUUCAGCGACAUAACAGAACAUGGCUAUUUCAUCAUUAGCGCAUGUAAAGAUGGAAAACCUAUGUUAAGACAAGGAGAAACUGGUGACUGGAUAGGCACUUUUGAAGGACAUAAAGGUGCUGUUUGGAGCGUUUCAUUAAACAGCGAAGCGACAAAAGCUGCCAGCGGGGCAGCUGAUUUCGAAGCUAAAAUUUGGGAUGCAAUAAGCGGCGAUAAGCUCAUGUCUUUUUCGCAUAAACAUAUUGUGAAAGCUGUAGACUUUUCGAAUGACAGUCAAAAAUUGUUGACCGGAAGCAAUGAAAAGCUGCUACGUAUUUUCGACUUGAAUAAUACUGACUCUGAACCUUUUUUGUUCAGUGGUCAUACGGACUUGAUUAGAAAUUCUGUUUUCUGUCCAGACGAAAAUUUUAUAAUCAGCUCGUCAGACGACAAGACGAUCCGCUUAUGGGACAGGAGAACUGGACACGUGUGCAAAGAAGUUGAGCUCCCAGACAUACCGAUGAGUAUUGAAAUUUCAGUAGACGGUACUUUACUUACAGUAGGCCAUGGUCGUAAGAUAUCUUUCUACUCAAUGGAUUCUUUGAAUCUUGAUAAGGAAUUUACUGCUGAAGCUGAAAUCAUCAGUGCUUCUUUACAUCCGUCGAAAUCAUGUGCUGUGUGUGGAGGUCAAAAUUUCACUCUUUACAAGUACGAUUUUGAGACGGGUGUUAUGUCUGAGUCAUAUAAAGGUCACUUUGGUCCAGUUCAUUGUAUUAAGUUUAGUCCUGAUGGUGAGCUGUAUGCUAGUGGAAGUGAAGACGGGACUCUUCGUCUAUGGCAAACAACACCUGGCAAGACUUACGGACUUUGGAAAGCAGAAGGUGAAGAGAUAGAGGAGAGUGAGAUUACCCCCGUGGAAAAUGGAGAUCAAUAA